GAUGACGAGUUUUGCCAGAGUGCCUCUGCAGUUUGAGUUGUGAGGAUGGAUAAGUGCAAGCACAUAGGGCGCCUGCGCCUGGCCCAGGACCACUCCAUCCUGAACCCCCAGAAAUGGCACUGUGCAGACUGCAACACCACGGAAUCCGUGUGGGCAUGCCUCAGCUGCUCCCACGUGGCCUGCGGGAGGUACAUCGAAGAACAUGCACUAAAGCACUUUCAGGAGAGCAGUCACCCCGUGGCGCUGGAAGUCAACGAGCUGUACGUGUUCUGUUACCUCUGCGACGAUUACGUCCUUAACGAUAACGCCACCGGCGACCUGAAGCUGCUGCGGAGCACGCUGAGCGCCAUCAAGAGCCAGAACUAUGAGUGCACCACCCGCAGCGGCAGGACUCUGCGGGCCAUGGCCGCGGGGGACGACUCUUACCUCUCCCACGGUGGUGCCCAGGCCUCGCUUCGCAACGAGGAUCGGAUGUUCACGGCUCUCUGGCACCGGCGGCGCGCCUUCCUGGGCAAAAUAUUCCGAUCCUGGCUCGAGUUGACGCCUUCUGGGAAAAGGAUGUUGGAAGAGGAGAGGCGGCAGGAAGAAGCAGAGGAAAGAAGGGACAGAGCUAGGAAGAGGAGGCAAGAGCGAAAGCGUGCGUUGAAAGCAGAGAUGGAAAAGAUGCCGCCCAGGAAGAGCAGUCGUUUGCAGAAGCAGCUCAGGAUGUCCUCAGAAGCAGCAUUCUGCCUGCAGAGCUCACCACAGGCCGUGGCGUCUGUGUCACAAACUUAUACCUCAGAUGAAGUCCGGUUGAAAACGGUCAGUGACUCUCCAGUUAAACGCAGGCCCACGGUGACCCCUGGGGUGACAGGGCUGAGAAACCUGGGCAACACCUGCUAUAUGAAUUCCAUCCUGCAGGUACUGAGUCACUUACUUAUCUUCAGAGAAUGCUUUCUGAAGCUUGAUCUCAACCAAACUCAGGAACUGCUGGCGACAGCGACCAAUGGCAAAACAAGAUCUUCAGCCAAACACCUGUCCACAGCUACCUCAGCAUUACAUGGGAACGAGAACCCAGAGAAAAUGAAGGGAUCAUCUUCCGUGAGGCGGCCUAGUUUAUCCUCUGGAUUAAGUGGAGGAGCAUCAAAAAGUAGAAAUAUGGAACUUAUUCAGCCCAGGGAGCCCAGUUCAAAGCAUAUUUCUCUCUGUCAUGAGCUGCAUACUCUGUUCCAAGUCAUGUGGUCUGGCAAAUGGGCUCUGGUGUCUCCUUUUGCCAUGCUUCAUUCCGUGUGGAGACUAAUUCCAGCCUUCAGAGGAUAUGCCCAGCAAGAUGCUCAGGAAUUUCUCUGUGAACUUUUGGAUAAAGUGCAGCAGGAAUUGGAGACUACGGGGGCUAGAUACCCAGCUCUCAUUCCUGCUUCUCAAAGGAAGCUUAUAAAACAGGUUUUGAAUGUGGUUAACAACAUUUUUCAUGGACAGCUGUUGAGUCAGGUUACCUGCCUUGCCUGUGACAACAAAUCCAACACUGUAGAACCUUUCUGGGACCUGUCCCUGGAGUUUCCUGAGAGGUAUCACUGCAAUGGCAAGGAGAUGUCGUCUCAGUAUCCCUGCCUGCUGACAGAGAUGCUGGCCAAGUUUACAGAAACUGAAGCUUUGGAAGGAAAGAUUUAUGCAUGUGAUCAGUGCAACACAAAACGAAGGAAGUUUUCUUCUAAACCCGUUAUACUCACAGAAGCUCAGAAGCAGCUUAUGGUGUGUCGCCUACCUCAGGUCCUCAGGUUGCACCUCAAGCGGUUCCGGUGGUCAGGACGCAAUCACCGCGAGAAGAUCGGCGUGCACGUCAGCUUCGAGCAGAGGCUCAACAUGGAGCCCUACUGCUGCAGGGAAUCCCUCAAGUCCCUCCUGCCUGACUGCUUUAUCUAUGACCUCUCUGCUGUGGUGAUGCACCACGGCAAGGGCUUUGGCUCAGGGCACUACACGGCCUACUGCUACAAUUCAGAAGGAGGCUUUUGGGUCCACUGCAACGACUCCAAACUCAACAUGUGCACUAUGGAAGAGGUCUGCAAUGCUCAAGCCUACAUUUUGUUCUACAGCCAACGACUCCCUCAGGCAAAGGGCAGGGUCAAAAUCCCAGCUCCUAGCACAGCUGACAGUCAGCAGCAGCCAGAAUCAACUGACUGGGCCAUGGACAGCAGCAGUAGCUAAUCCAAA